AUGUGGGUGAAUUGCAUUUUGAGGUCUGGGUCACUGUUUGUCACUCUGCCUCUUGCCAUUGCCAGGCACAAGCAAUCUUCCUUCGCCGCAAGUUGCUACCUAAGGGGAACACUGUCCCAGGCUGUUGAUAUGCUCUAUGUCAAGGCAGCAAGGCUCAAAGCAACAAUUCCAGAAGAUCACGUAAAAAAAGUACAGUUAUUAAAAAAGAAAACAAAAAAGCAAUUUAUUCUAUCUUGUUUAUAGAAAUACGGCAGAUUCCAAGAACAACUAUUGUCCUUUUUCAUGGAAGAUGUUUUUGGUCAACUCCAAUUACAAGUUUGCAACAAAAUACACUUUGUGGAAGACUUUCACAGCCUUAGGCAGAAAUCGAGCCACUGUUUUUCCUGUGCUUCAUCAGCUAGAGAAAUGAAAUCCAUUACCAGGAUGAAAAGAAAAUUUUAUGAGAUUGGAAAGAAAGGAAUCUACAAAGUCAUCAGUGAACUGGAUAUUCUUCUUUCCUGGAUUAAACAAUUCCUGGAAAGCGUUAAGUAA